AUGGCGGCCACUGAUCCUACAGUGGUAAAGCGAGUGGAGGAACUCGGGGACCUGGCUCAGGCUCACAUACAGCAGCUUAGCGAAGCCGCCGGCGAGGACGAUCACUUUUUAAUUCGGGCUUCUGCAGCUCUAGAAAAAUUGAAACUCCUUUGCGGAGAAGACAAAGAAUGCUCAAAUCCAUCAAACCUUCUAGAACUUUACACACAGGCUAUUUUAGACAUGACUUAUUUUGAGGAAAACAAGUUAGUAGAUGAAGAUUUUCCUGAAGAUUCUUCACAGAAAGUACAGGAUCUCAUCAGUUUUCUUUCAGAACCAGAACUUUUAGUCAAGGAAAAUAAUACGCAUCCAAAACACUGCAGUUUGCUUGGGGAUGAGCUUAUGGAAUGUCUGUCUUGGAGGCGAGGAGCCCUACUUUACAUGUAUUGUCAUUCUUUGACCAAAAGGAGAGAGUGGCUUUCAAGAAAAUCUGGUUUGCUCAAAAAGUACCUUGUUGAUGGAAUCAGUUACUUGCUACAAAUGCUAAAUUAUCGAUGCCCUGUGCAGUUAAAUGAAGGAGUUUCUUUUCAAGACCUUGAGACAGCUAAAUUACUGAGUGAAGGAAUCUUCAGUGACAUUCAUUUGCUGGCUAUGAUGUACAGUGGCGAAAUGUGUUACUGGGGAUUGAAGUAUUGUGCAGGUCAACAUAAAGAAAAUAAUGACGUAGAUACUGGUGCCUCUGGAGCAAGCUGUAGUACACAGAAAGAACCCUUGGACUUCCGAGAAGUAGGGGAGAAAAUUUUGAAAAAGUACGUAUCUGUGUGUGAAGGACCCCUGAAAGAACAAGAAUGGAAUACAACAAAUGCAAAACAAAUUUUAGAUUUCUUUCAGUAUUGUCAUAACUAG